CCCCCAGCGCGUGUUCAUUUGUCGCCCGCGAGCGCAGGCCACGUGCCGCGCCGGUGCAGCCACCGCGGCCCGGCUCCGACGUCGGCGAACGAGCCGGAGCGUUUACUGGACGCCCAGGCCGCCUCUCGUGCGCGGACUCUUAGCCCCCUCGGCCCCGCCGGCCUCACUGCUGGUCUCGGCCCUCGCAGGGCGCAGGCCGAGCGGCAAGGGAGCGGCUAGAGAGCGGCGCCCGCGGGAAGGAGGCCCCCGAUCGGCGCGAGGCUCCUGGGAGCACGGCCGACGCAGACGAGGGACGCGCACCAGCGGGCCUCGUUGCUGUCCUUCUGGGGACUCGUGCCCAUGAGAGCAGAACCUCUGCAAAAGAAGAAGAAGGUGGACCCUAAAAAAGACCAAGCAGCAAAGGAGCGCUUGAAAAAGAGGAUCCGACGACUGGAAAAGGCGAGCCAGGAGCUCGUUCCCAUUGAGGAUUUUAUCACGCCCGUCAAGUUCUUAAAUAAAGCGAGGCAGCGGCCGCCAGUGGAACUCCCCUUUGAAGAGAACGAGCGGAGAGCCCUGCUUCGGAAGAAAUGGGCACUGUACAAGCAGUGUGAGCAUGAGAUGGAGAGGGGUGCCAUUGCGUCCCUGCUUGAGGCCCAGCAGGAAGCUCUGCAGGAGCUGAAGCUCAUGGCCCCAGAACUCCAUGCCGAGGCCACCAAGCGGGACCCCAGUCUGUUUCCCUUUGAGAGACAAGGGCCAGACUACACGCCGCCAAUCGCCAACUACCAGCCCCCGGAAGGCAGGUACCACGAUAUCACCAAGGUGUAUACACAGGUGGAGUUCAAGAGAUAAAGCUGCAGGCAGCUGCCCUCAGGAUGCUGCCCUCGGGAGCCUGCACCCCCAGGCUCAGGCCUGCUGUGAAUAAAUGCAUUUACCCAAGUA